AUGUCCUCACAAAUGGAUGCAAUAGUCAUCACCAGCUUCGGCGAGCCUUCGGUCCUCCAGUCCCAACAGGUCCCCACGCCCAUUCCCACAGCCGGCCACGUGCUCAUCCACGUGCGGGCAUUCGGCCUCAACCACGCUGAAAUGCACAUGCGACGCGGCGAGUGGGACGAAUGGAACGCCAUCUCCGGGCUUGAAUGCGUCGGAACCGUAUCUGCCGAUCCCACGGGGACAUUUCCCGCCUCCACCACCGUCGUCGCCGUCAUGGGUGGCAUGGGCCGCAGCAUCCCCGGCGGAUACGGCGAGUACGUCAACGUGCCAGUGAGUAAUGUCGUGGCCGUGAUGACACGACUGUCCUGGGCGGACCUUGCCGCCUUACCCGAGGUCUAUUCCACGGCGUAUACGUGCGUGCAUACCAUACUGGACAUUCAGGCCGGCCAGCGUGUCUUGGUGCGCGGCGCGACGAGCACGAUUGGCCAGGCGGCCGUCCAUCUUGCUGUCAGUGCGGGCGCGAGAGUCACGGGGACGACGAGGCGGGAGGGCCGCUUCCAGAUGUUGCGGGACAUGGGCGUGGAAAGUGCGAUGCUCGAGGAGGAUGUGCUAGCCGCGCGGUUCACCGGACCUAGUACCGGUACCGGCACCGGCACCGCGGAGAAAUUCGACAAGACGCUCAAUCUCGUCGGGAACAGGGUGCUGCUUGAUUCGAUCCGGGUGACGAGGGCUGGUGGGAGGAUGCUCCAGGCGGGCUGGCUCGGCGGGUUGGCGCCGCUGAAGGACUUCAAUCCCAUGAUUGAGAUGGACAGUGGCGUGCACUUCAGUCUGUUCCAUAGCAAGAAUCUUGGGGGUGGUGAGUUUCCGAUGAGUGGGAUUCCGCUGCAAAAAAUCGUGGAGCAGAUCGAGGAAGGGGCCUGGAAUGCGAAGCCCACUCAUGUUUUUGAUGCCCGGGAUAUUGUAGAGGCCCAUACGCUGUUGGAGAGCCAUGAUGCUGGUGGGAAGAUUGUGAUUGUGAGGUCUUGA